GUUAUUUUAUGUGUAGUUUUAAAUGACCUUUAAUCCAAUCAAAUAAACAAAACAAUGGGACUGGAGUGGCAUAAAAUUAGAGAAUGAAUGAAUUUGAUUUAAACGUGUUUAUUUAUACAAUUCACUGAAAUGUUUGCGUUUGUGUUUUGGAACGAUUGAAGUAAAGUUAAGUAAAAGUUUGUUUGUUAUCAAUGAAAUCUUAAUAAUAUCAACAACUUAUCACCAGCUAUCACCAUCCGUGGCCGUUGCAUUCCGUAGUAAAGUUUGUUUUGAUGAAAACAAAAACUUGGAAUUGUGUAUCAAAUAUAUUCAUCUUUUUAUAAACGUACUAGUGAGUUCAUAUUCUUAUCAUGGUGCGUGAAGGGGUUUUAUUACCGGCGGAAUCCGGUGAAUUUAUCGCAAAGAAUGCACAAUACGUGAAAAUACACGAAACAGGUCUUGAUAAACUUUGUGAAGAGAUGUUAAAAUCAGUAACCAGCAAGCUAGAGAUCCCGGACACUGGUGCGGACAUCAUCCAUCCCAACAAGGACCAUGAGAAGGCUGCAGACUGGGUGUUUGUGGCUGAUGCUCUCAACUUCUGCUUCUGGUCCUACUCUGAUGCCCAGAAGUGGACUGUAGAUGGACACUCUGGAUAUUAUGCCUUAGAGGCUGCAUUGGCUAGAGCCAUCAAGGAAGGUAUUGACAUCACAAACCCAGAAUACUACUCAAAGAUAACAGAAGAUCAACUCCGCACUGUCAUGAGAGGUGACAAUGAAGCAACAAUCCCACUCUUUGAGCAACGCUUAUCUGUACUACAUGAAGUAGGAUCUAUCCUCCUAGAAAAGUACAAUGGCACUUUUGUAACAUGUUUAAAAGAAGCAAACAAGUCUGCAGUGAAGUUAUUAGAGAUUAUUGUAGACAAUUUCCCAUGUUUCCGAGAUGAAGUGACGUUUAAAGGUCAGAAGGUGUCUUUAUACAAACGGGCACAGAUCCUAGUGGCAGAUCUGUGGAACUUCUUUGGUGGUACUGGAUGGGGAGAGUUCACGGAUAUAGAUAGAAUGACAAUGUUUGCGGAUUACAGAGUACCACAGGUGUUGGUGUACUUUGGUGCUUUGAGUUACACUGAUGAGUUAAUGGAUAAACUCAAAAAGGAUGUUCUCCUCCCAAGUGGAUCAGACGAAGAAAUAGAAAUCCGUGGCUGCUCCAUCCACGCCGUAGAACUUCUAAAGAAGAAACUGGAAGAGAAACUGAAGGGCCAAGAUGUAGAAGUUCCAAACUCCAGCCUGAUAGACUAUUACCUCUGGUGUUACAGAAGGAAGUAUGCAGAGGAAAUGGAGAGCAUUCCCUUCCAUAAGACUCUUGGUAUUUUCUAUUAAGAGACAUAUCAUUUAUUUGCUAAAAAUAUUGAGGAUUUAUUCACCCUACAGAAUAUCAACCUUAAUGCGACGGCAUAAGACUCAUUCUUGUUGGCUUCCUUGAGUGUGUAGAGUUUGAAGAUUUUGUUCUUUAGUGUAAGUAAAUCCUAUAAUGGUGAUAGGUGCUGUUGCUAUAGACGAUAAAGGGUGGUGUCAUAGUAUUAAGUAAAGUUUGUUAAUUAUUGGUGCUCUUAUAAUUUAUAUGUAAUUAUUUAGUUACUUUUAUCUCCAGAUUCUGAAUGGCACGUCAAUUUCAUCAGACUGUGGUUAGUUGACUCAAAGACAAAAAUGUAGAUUUGUGAUUAGAAGCACAAUUCAGUCAUUUACUUAUUAUUUCUAUUUUUGACUUUUGUACUAAGUAAGUAUUAUUUUCCUGUUACCAUAUGAAUAUUUUAAG